GAUAGUUUCUACUUAAAAAAAUUUUAAAUCAAGAGUAAAAUGAAUAUAAAUUUUAUUAUAAAACAUUCUCACGAGUGUAUAAAUGUAUUUAAGAUAAUAUUACAAAAAACUUAAAUAUGAAAAUAUUCAUGACAGAGAUGAUCAUAUUAUUGGUUAUCUUACAAAGAGGUGGAAUAGUACUUACCAGCUCUGAAGUUCCUAAGGAUUUAACAGGAUUUACAGAUUUACAGAUUAACACCAAUGAACCAGAUAACUGUCCAAUAUGUUUCGCCGACCUAAUGGAUGAUGUUUCACAAACUAUAUGUUGUAAGAAGAUAUUUCAUUCUGAAUGUUUAGAUUACUGGAUUGAUCAACCGAGAAAUUGUCCAAAUUGUCUCCAAAAACCAUUUAAAGAAUGUAAACUGUGUGGAAAAUUUUUACAUAUAAAUUUGACUAAUAUGAAGUGUUGCAAUAGUCAGUUUCAUAACAAUUGUCUAGAUGAAUGGUUUAGUAAAUCGAAUAAAUGUCCUGGAUGUAAUACAAAAAUACCACUAUGUAAAUUAUGCAGAACAAUGUUACUUGUAGAUGUGACUAAUAUGAAGUGUUGCGAAAGUCAGUUUCAUAAUAAUUGUUUAGAUGAAUGGUUUACUAAAUCGAUUGCAUGUCCUAAAUGUAAUACAAUGUUAUUACCACAAUGUAUAUUGUGUAAAAAAUUUUUACAUGUAGAUGUGACUAAUUUAAAUUGUUGCAAAAGUAAGGUACAUCAGAAAUGUUUAGAUAUAUGGCUAACUGAAUCGAUUGGGUGUCCUGCAUGUAAUGAAGAAUUAAUAUCAGAUUAUGACAAAACUUUUGUCUGCUCUGAUUGUAAGAACAUAAGAAAAAAAGAGGAUUUGAUAAAAAUGAAAUGUUGUGAUAUUAAUUUAUGUACGUUUUGUAUUGAACGUCCACGGAGAACUAGUUGUUUGUGCGGUAGAAGCUUUUUGGAAGAAAAUACCGUCUGCCAUAAAUGUGAAACAGUAAGAAAUGUCAUUUUAUGGGAUUCUGUAGUAAUGAAUUGUUGUGGUAAAAGGCUAUGUAAUUUAUGUAUCAAUAAUAAAAUGAGAAUUCGUUGUUUGUGUGGAAAUUACUUAGCGGAAGGUAUUCCUUCUGAACCCGAACGAAAAUGUACGGCGUGUAAAAAGAAUAUUGGAAUAUAUACAUUUUCUCCUCGUUGUCCACAAAUAUAUUGCAAAAGAUGCUUUAUUGACAUGGAAAUACGUUAUAAAUGUUGCAAAUAUUGUAGCGAAAGAAAAGCUUGGAAAUGUUGCAUAUAUUGUAACGAAGAAAAAGUGAAAGAUUAUUUAUAAUUUAUAAUUAUAUAUAUAUACACAAUACUCAAUAUAUUGUAUAUUGUGUAUAUUGCUAAAAUAGAUAUCACUAAAUAAUGUGCUAGAUAUUUAGAGUUAUCAAAUCAUUAUGAUAUCUAUAGCUUUUUAUUUAAAUAUUAUAAUUAUUAAAUUAUUUGUUAUCUGAAUUGUUGUUAGCUUAAGUUUAAAGCUAAAAAUAAAUCGAAUCAUUUUAAGC